CAAACACACACUGUGCGUACCACAUAUGUGUAGGCUCAUAUAGUGCGUCAAGUCGCUCGUUCAACUUGAUUUUAUUUUCUUGAAUUGCUACUUGUUGAUUUUUUGUUUGGAUGUAGAGUCAAAUGACAUCAUCGAGUGUAGCAUGUCGAGGUUCGUGGGCGGCCCAGGGAGCAAGGUAUUAUGAGCACUGGCUCCAAAAUUGAUCCGUGGUUGAGUGAAGGCUGGCCCGCCAACGAAAUCAAUUUCGGAGACCUCAUCAAGGCUGGAAGUACGUCUGCAGCUCCUCCUAGUGAACCCCUCCACGACCCAAAAGACGGAAAAAAUCCAGAAUUGAAAUUUGAGAUUGGGAAUUAUGCUGUUAAACAGCCGCCGCAAAAUAGUGAAUACUAUUUUGACUCAUUCAAGGUGAUUCCAGAGCUUUUAGUAGAAAGAUUGCACCAAGACUAUUCACUGAAUGUAUCUGGAAACGCACAUCAACAAAACUUGAAGUUCCAGGGAAUAGAGACUGUAAAUAAAAAGUAUUUUGAACUGAAGCCCUGCACUAUCAGUCAACAAGAGCUUGCACAAUUGGAGUUCCAACAAACUUCCAAUAUUCAGACUUCAAAGGAAGCUUCGUCCCAGACUAUCGACACUGUCGACAAGCAGGGCAUCAUGAGUCUGAAUGGCUUGAGUGGGCCGUUUGUCUACCAGCCAUUCCUGUUCACAACAUCAGGAUUCAAAUGCAACUGCGAUCCAAAGGGAAACCACCAUUUCCUUUGUCCGAAUAAUGCUCGGAUCGACACGACCAACGACUCGUCGAAACUGAGCGACUCUGGCAGCUCGACCGGCUCCAUCGAAAGAUCCAUCGAACGGGCCAUAGAGAAGACCAUGCGCCACCAGAAUAUUCGCAGUGAUAAGGAGCGGCCAUUCUCGUGUGAUGAGUGCGGAAAAUCGUUCUUGCUGAAACACCAUCUUACCACUCACGCUAAAGUGCACACGGGAAUACGACCUUACGGGUGCAUCGAGUGCGGGAAAACGUUCACUCACAAGCACUGCCUUAACACGCACCAGAGACUGCACUCUGGGCUGCGGCCAUACCAGUGCGAGGAGUGCAAGAAGUCGUUCACCCUGAAGCACCAUUUGGUGACGCACCAGCGGACCCACUCGAAGGAGAAGCCAUACCGUUGCGAGAGCUGCGGCAAGAGUUUCGGCCAGCGGCGCACCCUGAACAUGCACAUGAAGUUGCACAGCGGCGAGCGGCCCUUUCAGUGCCCCGUCUGUGACGAAUGCUUCGCCCAGGAGGAGCAGUUGGUGGCCCACUCGAGAUUCCACGGCGGCAACAAUGCCUUUUCCUGUUCCGACUGCGGUCAGGCAUUUGCCCGGAAGUUCGAGCUGGUUGAUCACAGACGCACGCACGGCCACUCACCAUUCGCCUGCACCAUUUGCGGCAAGGAGUUUCUGCAGAGGCGCACCCUGCAGCAGCACAGCAAGCUGCACGACGGCACCAAGCCAUUCAUCUGCAAGUACUGCAACGAGUGCUUCUCCCAGAUGGCAGAACUGAUCGCGCACGCCAAGAUCCACACGUUCUACACGUGCAAGGAGUGCGGCUGCGGCUUCCCCAGCCACGAGCUGCUCGUCAUCCACCUGCAGCAGCACGGCAGAAUCGUCCUGCCGGAGCCGCCGCCGACCAAACCCGCGCCGGCCAAGAAGUACACGUGCACCGAGUGCGGUGCCGGAUUCGCGCAGAAGCACGGUUUGUCGCAGCACGUGAACCGCAAGCACAAAGCCUCUUUGAUCGGCCACCUGCCCAGCCAGAUCGGCCUGGCCAUGGAUCCAGGCCCCAGUGGCAGCGGCAUCAUGGAGCAGAUCCAAAAACAGGUUUUAGCCGAUCAGCUGCGAGCCAAGAUGCUCUGAAUUGCUUUUCAACAAUGAAAUUGGCUUGCACAUUAGUAAUUCGAGGUUUAGAGGAUCUAAGUUUCAGUUUUGGUUAACAUAUCAAAAUUUGUUGCAGUGAUUAACCAUUUCUGUGGUCCAAUUUACAUUCAAUAACGUGAAUGAAUAUAUUGAUUUUCUACCCUAUCACCUAGGGAGCGCCCAGCACUGACUCAAAAUUAUGUAAAUAACAGACGUUCUCCUUAAACUUUGUGUAAAAGUGAAGGUAGUUGAAACUUCUAGUCUGUGAAUGUUAGACUUAAAAAGAAAUCGUUUCACCUACAUUUGUGUCUGUAAAAUUUAAUUCUUUCCUGUUCAUUGAAGCAACUGAAUUACUUUUACUCAUUUACUGUAAUCAAUAAAUUUUAGAAUUUCAUAUUAAAUAUAUUAAACAA